AUGAGCACACAUAGUUCACAUCAACGAACUCAAACGGGGAAGAAACCAAUUAAAGGUAUGGAGAGUGGAAAGAGUUUAACUGACAGUGGAAAACUUAGAACACAUCAGCGGACUCACAUGGGCAAGAAAGGAUUCAAAUGCAGGAAGUGUGGGAAGAACUUCAGUCAGAGUAGACAACUUAAAUUACACGAACGGACUCACACGGGUGAAAAACCAUAUGAAUGUCUGGAGUGUAGAAAGAGCUUUAGUGAUAGUGGAAGCCUUAGAAAACAUCAACGGACUCACACUGGGGAGAAACCAUUUAAAUGCAUGGAGUGCGGAAAGAACUUCAAUCAGAAUGGAAACCUUAAAUUACACGAACGGACUCACACGGGUGAAAAACCAUAUGAAUGUAUGGAGUGUGGGAAGAGCUUCAAUCAGAGUGGAAGCCUUAAAUUACACAAACGGACUCACAUGGAUGAAAAACCAUAUGAAUGCAAGGAGUGUGGGAAGAGCUUCAGACAGAAUGGAAACCUUAAAUUACACCAACGGACUCAUACAGGUGAAAAACCAUAUGAAUGUAUGGAGUGUGGGAAGAAUUUCAGUCAGAGGGGACACCUUAAAUUACACGAACGGACUCACAAAAGGGACAAACCUUUUAAAUGUAUGGAGUGUGGAAAGAGCUUCCGUCGAAGAGAUACACUUAGAAUACAUCAACGGACUCACACAGGGGAGAAACUAUUUACAUGUACGGAAUGUGGGAUGGCCUUCAGUCAAAUUGGAAACCUCAAUAAACAUCAACAGAGGCAUUCAGGGGAGAAACCAUUUAAAUGUAUGGAGUGUGGAAAGAGCUUCAGUCAGGGUGGAGCUCUAAGUAUACAUCAACGAACUCACACAGGGGAGAAACCGUUUAAAUGUGUGCAGUGUGGGAAGUGCUUCACUUAUGAUGCAAGCUUUAGAUCACAUCAACGGACUCACACAGGGGAGAAACCAUAUAAAUGUGUGGAGUGUGGGAAGUGCUUCAGUUUCAGUGCAAGCCUUAGAUUACAUCAACGGACUCACACAGGGGAGAAACCACAUGAAUGUAUGGAGUGUGGAAAGAGCUUCAGUCGGAUUGGAAGCCUUAGAUCACAUCAACGGACUCACACAGGGGAGAAACCAUUUAAAUGUAUGGAGUGUGGAAAGAGCUUUAGUGAGAGUGGAAGCCUUAGAAUGCACAAACGGACGCAUACAGGGGAAAAACCAUUUAAAUGCAUGGUGUGCGGAACAAGCUUUAGUGAUCGUGGAAGCCUUACGAAACAUCAAAAUAUUCACACAGGGGAGAAACCAUUUAAAUGUAUGGAGUGUGGAAAGGACUUCAGGUUCAAUACAAACCUUAGAAAACAUCAACUGACUCACACAGGGAAGAAACCAUUUAAAUGCAUGGAGUGUGGAAAGGACUUCAGUCAGAGUGCACACCUUAGAAAACAUCAACUGACUCACACAGGGGAGAAACCAUUUAAAUGUAUGGAGUGUGGAAAGAGCUUCAGGCAGAUUGGAAAUCUUAGAAUACAUCAACGGACUCAUACAGGGGAGAAACCAUUUAAAUGUAUUGAGUGUGGAAAGAGCUUCAGUUGCAAUCCUACCCUUAGAUCACAUCAACGGACUCACACAGGCGAGGGGAAACCAUUUAAAUGUAUGGAGUGUGGAAAGAGCUUCAGUUACACAUCUACCCUUAGAACACAUCAGCUGAUUCACACAGGGGAGAAACCAUUUAAAUGUAUGGAAUGUGGAAAGAGCUUCAAUCAGAAUGGAAGCCUUAAAUUACACCAACGGACUCACACAAAGGAGAAACCAUUUAAAUGCAUGGAGUGCGGAAAGAGGUUCAGUUACACAUCUACCCUUAGAACACAUCAACGGACUCACACAGGCAAGGGGGAAACCAUUUAA